AUGGCCAAACCGAUAACUGAAACAAUUGCCGAAAUCACAUCAGGAGUCAGUGACGUCAUCUACAAAAGUGACAAUGACGUCAUUAAAAAUUACAAUUAUGACGUCAUUAGCAACAAUGAUGACAUUACGGCGGAUGAGAAAGGCGAGUCAAUCAACUAUAGCAUUAAAAAUGAGUUUAUCAACAACAAGCGUUUAGUCAGAGACAACCACAUACUGAAAAAUGAGUUUAUUUAUAGCAGCGAUGAUGCAACAAACAACUACAACAAAAAUGACGUCAUCAUCGGCAACAAGACGAGCGAAAUCAUCAUUACGGCCAGCAACAACAACAAAACCGACGACAUCAUCAACAAUAUCGUCAUAAACAACACAAACUACGGCCACAACAACAACAACAACAACGCAGGCAUAAUCAACAGUCUAACAAUCAACAACAACAACAAAAUCAUCAACAACAACAUCUUUGAGGACAGCGAUUACAACAACGUUAAUGUCGUGUUAAACAACAUCAACAACAUCUUUUUAAAAAACAACAACAGCUUCCUAAACAACAUAAACGACAACGACAACGAAAUGGGCAACUACAACAACCUAUCCAUAUCAACAUUCUUAACCAAAUCUCCGAUGUUUUACGUCCUAAAGAUGCUUAGUUUCAGUGAUAGCAUGCUACUCCUAUGUGUGUUUGUAACACUGACUCUGACGAAUCUCUACGGCAUUUUGAUGUUGCGGGCCUUUCACUGGGCUUACUUGUAUAGGCGACAACAAUGCACGCAAAACCAGCAGAAACACAAUCAGUCCAGUGAGAAGAAGAAGAUAUCCAUAACAAAAAUAUAA